UAAGGUGCUUACGUUGAUCCUUGUGCAGAAAUAUCGCAUCCGGGAGCAUGAGGCGAUUUUUGCGUCUGCCGAUACCGAGCAGGUCUCUCAUAUGUCACUUGCUGGUGACGUGAAUGGUGGAAAGGCAUGGAAGGCCGUCCGACGACCAUCGGACAUGGUAAUUGAUUGUUUGCCUCAUGUGCCGUUGAUUCUGACAUUUUUAUUGCGCUAGAAUGAAUAUUCCAAGCAAAUUAAGGAAUAUAGGUCAAUGGAAAAGCCUGGGAAGGCGCAUGGCAAGGUGUUUGUCAGAGUCGUUGGUGUUCGCGGCUUGAAAGUGCCCAUACCCCAGCAAGCUACAGCUCUCACGUGUACUUUGAACAACGGAAUACAUUUUGUUACUACUCCAGAAACCCGCCUAUCCAAUGAUUCGCGCAUCGACCAAGAGUUUGAGCUUAUCGAGCACAACAAGCUGGAAUUCACUCUCACCCUCAAAGUCCGCCGGGAUGCACACAUCACCGCCCAAUCACAGGCUCUCGUGCCACCACCUGCGCCUCGUGUGCAGCCCCCGACAUCCGUACCCAAGUCUAGGGGUGGCAUGCUCAGUUUCUUCUCAUCAUCGCCUAAAAAGCAACCUCGCGCGACACCGACACCCCCUCCACCUGACCCUCCUUAUAAACUCCCAGAUAAUCUCGCACGGUAUCUCAAACAAGAUGGAACCCUUGCACGUGCAUUGAUUUCAUUCAAAGAUGUGGCUGCGAGAUGCGAUACUCGACUAUUCGAGACUAGCUAUCCACUAAUCGGACAGCGCAUCGAAACUUCAGGGGGUCCAACUACCAUGGAGCUGGGAGAGAUCGUAUUGCAGAUGUUUAGACUUCCACCUCUACCUGGCGUUCUAAGCAAUCAGCUUCCACAAAGUCUCGAAGACUGUCAUCGGGGUUUAAGACAUGUCGCCUGGCAUAAAGUUACGUAUUUUGAGGGUACGCUGACGCAGAAUGGAGGAGAUUGCAUGACAUGGCGGCGGCGGCGUCUUCGGGUGAUUGGCGCAAAUCUAGUUGCAUUCAACGAUGUCACUAAGAAGGCAACGGCCACCAUCAACCUCAAGAAAGCCAUCGCAGUUGAGGACAACCAAGAUACACGUACAGGCGCUCUCAGUCCUGCUCGGUCAGUAGAUGAUUACGACGGGAUGUUCGCAGUCGAGCGUUCCUUCCGUCUCAUAUUUCCUGGAAACCAAAAAAUAUUCUUCUUCGCGGACACGGAUGAUGAGAAGGCAAAGUGGCUUGAUGUGUUCCGUGCGCUUGUCGGGCACAUCCCACCGAAUCCAUUAUGGGCAGAGUUAAUAUGGCAACGACAACAAGAGAUGGCGAAACAGCCCCUUACACAGAUGUCUUCUUCGAAGAUAAGUCCCCGAUAGUAAUUCCCUUUUAUUUUUGCAUCUUUCGUCUAGCUUAGUUCUUGUUCGUCGUCUCGUUCUUUUGUGUUUUUCUUUCUUUUUCUUGCAAUUUUGUUUUCUGUAUUAUGCUACAACAACGUCGUAGUCACUCGCAUUUGCAUGCAUAUGCUUUCUAUGUAACAGUAUUUAU